AUGGCCAACAACCCAGGGGCGGACCCUUUCGACGAUUUUCUCGAGCAAAUCCUAGUGCUUUCGAUGUACGAAGUAGCCGAUAAUAACUUGGUGGGAAAUGAUGCGGCUAGCUUAGCAGGAGCUCCGGCUUCGAUGAUGCUCCAGCUCGGCUUGGGUGACGGUUCGAAAUCAGGCACGGAGAACACCGUCGCCGCCGAUCUGUACAGUGUCGCACCCAGCCAUCGUCCAUGGAGUUACGACUCUCUCAAGAAUUUUCGUCAGAUUUCUCCUACUGUUCAGACCCAUCUCAGCAGGGGAUCAACAAGGGAAAGAACACUGUCUUUGAUAACUAAGGACUUUACAAGGAAGGAGGAGAUGAGGAUUGACAAGGAGUAUGAUGUAGUGUUCGUGCCAUCAGAUGGGGUUUGUUUGUCCGGUUCCGAAUCGGACUGGUCAGUUGGCUGCCAUUAUUCCCAUUAG